AUGACUGAUGAGGAAGUGUCUUUGCAUACAUCCAAACGAAGAAAAAUUCGAAAAUUGGACAAACUUCACAGAAAAAUUGCUAAAAUCCAGGAACAAUUAAAUUAUGAAAGUAGCCCUAAUUCUAAUGAUGAAAAUGAAAAUGUUGACCCUGUCAUUACGACAGAAGCUCAAAUCAAUCACACCAACGACUCUAUUGUAAAGGUGUUGGGCAAGGCCCCUACGGAAGAGAACGAUUCAAAUUCAGAAUUACACGAGGAAAUUGCUGUAAGAUGGAGAAGUUUUUUGAUUGAAGGCAUCAAAAAAGAAGAAAGAUCAGAAGCUCUGGAGAAAUACAGCGUCCCCGAAAAUUGUAUUGCUUUACAGGGGCCAACUUUAAAUCAAGAAAUGCAAACAUCCUUACCUGAGGAUAUAGUUAAGCAGGAUAAGUUUUUCAUAUCAUUACAAACUCAGAUUGGAAAAGGUUUAAUGGCACUAGCUAUCCCAAUCAAUAAAUUUAUUAAUGAACCCGCACCAGAAAACACUGAGAUGGUAAACCACCUAGCAAAUGCUGGUAAAAUACUUUGUGACGUCCAUCAUGCCAUAUCUGGACACAGAAGGUACGUCAUCGGACCUCAAUUGAAAUUCGAGAUAAGAAAAGCAGUCGAAAAACAACCAAUUGGAGAGAAGUUAUUUCAAGCAAAUCUGCAGGAAGAAAUAAAAAACGCAGAAGCUUUGAAGCAAGUAGGAAACAAAAUCGCCAAAACAAAUUUCAGCCAGAAGGUCAAUUACUCAUAUAAGAACAAUAACUAUCCAAGUCAGGGCCCUAAAAGAACCACGAAUAAUUUAAACUACCAGCGACCAUACCAGAAAUACAAAUUCAAAAACAAUCAAUACAAAAACAAGCAGUACAACCAACAGGGGGAAGAGAGAUGGAAGAAGACUUAUUAUUACAACAAAAAUCAAUAAAUGUAAGCAAGUACGCUGGAAAUAUUUCAAAUUAUUAUGUAAAUUGGUUCGAAUUUUGCAAAAAUGACAACAUAUUACAAAUAGUCAAAGGUCUAAUUAUACCUUUCAAUAUUAAUCCCCAUCAAACAAAGGGAAUUUUGAGACAAAUGCCUCAAUGUAAAGAAGUUGAUAAACAAAUACAUCAACUGUUGAAAAUAGGUGCCAUAUCCCAUUCUAAAAGCGAGGAAGGAGAAUUCUUUUCCAGUUACUUUUUAAGGAAAAAACAAAAUGGUCAGAUG